UCACUCCAGAGCAGUUUCAUGUCACUGCCUUCUCAAACACCUUACAAAGACACUGUUUGUCAGAUUUUGAAAAGGAAACAUGGUAACAUUUUCUCUUGCCCUGCUUUUGCUUUCAGUCCAGUGGUCCUGGGCUCAGGAAGACCCUCUUCUGCCUUUCUCUGAAUACCUGGACCACAAGAACCAUGUGCUGCUGAGGUGGGGAUUUGAUGAGAUCCAACGCACCAUCUUGUUUGAGGUCACUGUCAACACCACCGGCUGGGUCGGUUUUGGCUUCAGCCCUAAUGGAGGAAUGGCUGGAGCUGAUAUUGUCAUUGGAGGAGUUGGACCUGACGGCACUUACUUUACGGACCGUCAUGCUGGGGGGAAUGCAAUUCCUGAAGUUGACCAGCUGCAGAACUACGAACUUCUGUCUCUGACCGAGGCUAAUGGGAAAACAGUCAUGAAGUUUCAGAGGUCCAUCGAUUCCUGUGAUAAAGAUGAUCUAAGCAUCACGGAUCUCCCCAUGAAGCUAAUCUAUGCGUAUGGAGAGAAUGAUGACAUCACGUACCACGGUACUCAAAGAGGCACAAAGGAGUUAAACCUGUUGAAGUACAUGCCUCAGAUCACCCCUCCAAACAGCAACUAUUUUGACGUAACUAUGAUCAAUUUCACUGUACCAGCCAAGCAUACCCACUAUCACUGCAAGGUAUUGAAAGCCCCAGCGUUUGAUACCAAACAGCACAUUUAUCGCAUUGAGCCAUUAAUCAAAAAUGUUGACCUCGUUCAUCAUCUGUUGCUGUACCGCUGUCCUCCGAUUGUGACGGAGGAACUUGACGUGGAAUGUUACACUACGGUGGAUGCACAGUGUAUGGAGGUCGUCGCUGCGUGGGGAGUUGGCGGAGGGGCUUUUGAAUUUCCUGAGGUGGCAGGACUUCCAAUUGGAGGAAAUGUUAGGGAAUUUUUCUACAGGCUUGAAGUACAUUACAACAACCCCACUAUAGCUGAAGGUCGAGUUGAUGAAUCAGGUCUGCGAUUCCACUACACAUCUGAACUCCGUCAGCACGAUGCAGCUAUUCUGAUGACAGGGCUUGCGGUGGCCCCUGGGUACGCCAUCCCACCCAAAGCCAAAUCCUUCCUCACGUACGGCCUCUGUGACACUGCUAAUAUUCCAAAGGUUCUGGAGAAAGCAAAUGAUCUUCAGGUGUUCGCUGUGAUGCUGCACACACACUUAGUUGGGCGGAAGGUGCGAGUUGGACAAUUCAGAGCGGGAGAACAGAUCGAUCUUCUAGUUGUGGAUGAAAACUAUGAUUUUGAAUAUCAGGAAAUGUUAAACUUGGGUAAAACUAAGACAGUGAAGUUGAAUGACAAAGUGCUGGUGCAGUGCACCUAUAAUACUGAAAACCUAGACACACUGACAUGGGGGGGGUUCUCAACUACAGAUGAGAUGUGUUUGGCUUUCCUCGUGUACUAUCCAGCUAUGGAUCUGAGCGGCUGUUCGAGCUUCCCUGAUUCAAAAGCUUUACAAACUGCGAUGGGAGCAGAAGAUGCACUGUCUUGGCUCGAUAUAAUGCUUAAUAAGAUUUGGGAUGACACGUCUGUCAGUGAAUACCAACACACACUGAAUACUAUUGACCAGCAUAUUACAGUCACAAACUCAGUUAAUAAUGCAUCGAGCUAUAAAGGGACAUUUCCUGAACUCACAGUCAUCCCGCCUGCACCCUGCAUAAGUGGCUGUGUGACCAAAAGUCUUGCUUUGCUAUCGCUGCUCUUAUGUUUGGCAGUGCAAUGGGCUUCUGUUUAAAACACUAAUGCAAAAUAGCACUGAUGUAACUUCUUGUUUUUUCACUGUCUGAAUGUCUGAAUUAUAAAGAGAGCGAAAAAUGAAAAUUGAGCAAGCUAUAUGUAACUUAUUUUCCUUUUUCCAUUAGAUGGAAAUGCACUUAAUACUUUUCAUUGCUUUACUUGUCUUUUAUAUAUUCUACAAUAGGAAAACCUUUAAAUAAGAUUAUAUUUAAGAAUCACAGACAGCGUGAUUCAGAAAGAUUCAAACUUGAAUUAUAAGUAAAAACAACUACAUUUACAAUGAAGAACACACUAUUAAAAUGAUCAAUAAAAUAUAUAUGCAUCUUA